AUGAUUCAUUAGUCCUUUCUUGUGACACAUGAGAGAUAAUACGCAAAGACAAGCUUCCAAAAGAAAAUGUUUCUACUCUUUUCAAUGAAUUGGAGAUACUACAAUUACAUCAAGGUUAAUGCCAGAUGCUACAAUGGCAUGGUAUUAGUAGUGGCUAUUAUAUAUAAUACCUUUAAUUUAUACGCGAUCGGAAAUUAAUAUAGAUCAAAACAGGGUCAAGGCUUAACAAUCUCUCAGUAAUUUUAUCUAAUCUCAACUCUGAUAUCUCUAAGCUUUAUCGUGCACAUUUUCCUCAUUUAUUUGAUAAGAUUCGUUAUUUUGAUAAUAACUAUGCUUUUGAUGACACCAGUAGUAUUUAUUUUUAAUAAAAUAAGUGGAAAAAACUACCCUUAUAAUGGAACUGAAAGAUUUGAUAACAUCCAGCAAGUAUAGCAUCAUGAUGGAUCUGGAUAACAGUAAAGAUAAGACAUCUAAAAUAAUAAUAUAAAUAAUGCAGAAAUUGUAAAUGGAGUGCAAAUAGAAUUGGUCAGCAUAGGAUCAACUUCAGUAAUAAUAGAAAAUAAGAAAGGAGUUGAAGAAGUAGUAAAGAGAAUUCCUAGAGAAAUUAAUCAGAUGUAUAUUAAGGAUGGUUAUAUAGAAAUCUAAUGUGCAAUAUGCUGUGAGACUAUUCAAAGCACCAAAGAGAAUUUCGAAAGGGACAAAAGGAAAGCAGGAUUAGUAGAACUAGAUUGCAAUAGUCAGCACAUAUUUCAUAAUAAAUGCAUAAGUGCUUGGCUUAGAACCAAGAAUCAGUGCCCUCUUUGCAGGCAGAAAGUAUUAAUCCUUUUGGACUGA